AUGGGCUUGGUCUUCGGGUCCAGCCAGUCUGUGUUCAGGCAGUACCCAACGGAAGUGAAGAGACGAACGUGUCUUUGUGCCUCCUCCUUUUCCCCCACCCCUUUACCUCCUGAUCCUUUAACUGACUGGCGGCCAGGAGGUGUAAAAAACGCCUUAAUGAAUGUCGGCAGUGGCCCCAUCAUUUACCAGCUCCUAGGCCCUUGCAAGAUCUUCAAGGAGAUCACUGCUUCAGACUACAGGGACUGGAACUGCCAGGAACUGCAGAACUGGCUAAAGAAUGAGCUGGAGUCGGACUCGGGGGUUGAACUAAAAGACAUUGAAUUUUCAGUUAACGAGGCUGGUCCAUAUUUUGCUUUUUCUUUUAGGGAAAACUGGGCUGAGAAGGAGGCAAAGUUAAGCAGAAUCAUCAAACAGGUUCUAAAAUGUGAUCUCCACAAAAGCAACUCCUUGGAUACAGUCAUCUUGCUUCCAACUGACAGCCUGGUCUCAUCUCUGUGCUUGGAAGCUGCUUGCAAAGAUCUGAGCACUUAUUAA